AUGGUCUCUAUUCCAAUUGAUGCGAUCACUUCGCGUUUUGGCGAUCGCUUCAACAACCUCCGCAGCACCUCGUUGAGUACACGCUUCGCCAACCUGCGCCCGAUUUCCGAGUUCCUCGACAUCAAGCGCAUAUCCAAGCCUGCCAACUUCGCUGAAGCCCAGAGCCGAGUCAAUUACAACCUGUCCUACUUCUCCAGCAACUAUGCCGUCGUGUUUGUGAUGCUUAGCAUCUACAGCUUGCUGACCAACAAGAUCCUGCUGUUCGACAUGAUCUUUGUGGGCUGUGGUCUCUGGGGAAUCAGCUUGCUACAAGGCCGGGAUCUGGAUCUCGGCUUCUCUCGCUUCACCACUUCGCAGCUCUACACCGGACUACUCAUCAUCGGUGUCCCCAUCGGCAUCUUUGCCUCCCCCUCGGCACUGCCCUGUGGUUGA